AUGGCCGAUUCACCGAGGGUCGGCCAUACCGACUCGAUCGCAUCCCAGGAUUCCGGGAGCGGGAGCAAGUCCAACGACAAGAAGAAGAGCCGCAGACCAGCCAACACCGCGUUUCGACAGCAGCGGCUGAAGGCAUGGCAACCGAUUCUCACACCAAAGACCGUUCUGCCCCUCUUCUUCUCCAUCGGUAUCAUCUUUGCGCCCAUAGGGGGUUUGCUCCUGUAUGCGAGCUCGCAGGUCCAAGAAAUCUCCAUCGACUACACGACGUGCUACAAGGACGCCAGUAACAACACCUUCGACGCCGUGCCUUCCGACAACGUCUUCACCCAGUUCAAGAACAACACCGACGUCCAGGCGCAGUGGAAGCGGGAGACUGUUAAUGUCACGUUCGACGGGGUCACCAACCAGACGCAAAAAUGCAUGAUACAGUUCACGAUACCUGAGGACAUGGGCCCGCCUGUGCUAUUCUACUACCAGCUCACGAACUUCUACCAGAACCACCGUCGCUAUGUCAACAGUUUUUAUAAUGAUCAGUUGGCCGGCAAAGCGGUCAGUGCCUCUGAUGUGAGCGGCUCGACGUGCGAGCCUCUUAAGCUGGAGGACGGCACCAACAAGCCCUUCUAUCCUUGUGGGCUGAUUGCCAAUUCCAUUUUCAACGACACCUUCUACAGCCCAUACUCGGUAGGCGACGAGAACUCGCCUUACAAUAUGAGCGAGACGGGCAUCGCCUGGGAUUCCGACAAGGACCUGUAUAAGAACAUCUCCUCCGACAUCGCGCUGGACUCAGUCGCUGUCCCACUCAACUGGAGGAUGCGGUAUCCGAAUGGGUACACAUCCAGCAACCCCCCACCGAACCUCGGAACCGAUGAGCACUUCAUGGUCUGGAUGCGUACAGCCGGCCUGCCAACCUUCAGCAAGCUGUACAUGAGGAACAACACGCAAGCGAUGGCGAAAGGGACGUACCAGGUCGACAUCCUUCAUUGGUUCCCUGCGGAUGUUUACAAGGGCACCAAGUCCAUCGUCCUCAGCACCAGGACUGUUAUGGGCGGUAGGAAUCCGUUCCUAGGUAUCGCAUACUUGGUCGUAGGCGGAAUUUGCAUCCUGCUCGGCGCAGUCUUUACGGUGACGCACUUGCUGAAACCAAGGAAACUUGGUGACCACACCUACCUCUCCUGGAACAACGUCCCAUCAUCAAAACAUCCGGCAGGCUCAUCAGCGGCUAUGGCCAGCGGGCGCGACCUCGGGCGAUCAGGGAAGCAGCGGGCGGACAGCCCUGCUGAUUCCUCGGCCUCGACUGCUCCUAGUAGACAGGUGAGCGUCAGGGAUUUCCUUGGGGCGCCGUCUCGCUCUGUAGCUGGCUCGAGCUCUGCGACAUACACGCCGUAA